UUCCUCCUCUCCUCUCCUCCUCCUCCUCCUCCUCCUCAUCCUCUCCUCCUCCUCCUACCAGCCUCCACUUCAAGCAACAGGCUGCAGCAUCACCGAUGAGGAGUCCAUCCGCGGAGGAGCAGCGGUGCCACCACCUGUAACCGGGCCACCGGUCUUGUCCCCCCCCCCAUCCCCCCACCCCCCAGCUGAGGAUGAUGAAGAAGCAGAACGUCCGGACCCUGUCGCUCAUCCUCUGCAUGUUCUCCUACCUGCUGGUGGGCGCCGCGGUGUUCGACGCGCUGGAGUCGGAGUCGGAGAGCUCCCGCCGACGCGUCCUGGAGCUGAAGCGCAGCGAGAUGAAGAAGAAGUACCGCUUCUCCGAGGACGACUACCGCGAGAUCGAGCGGGUGGUGCUGCAGGCGGAGCCGCACCGCGCCGGCAGGCAGUGGAAAUUCGCCGGCUCCUUCUACUUUGCCAUCACGGUCAUCACCACCAUUGGUUAUGGACACGCGGCACCAGGCACCGACGCAGGGAAGGUCUUCUGCAUGUUCUACGCCGUCCUGGGGAUUCCCCUCACGCUGGUCAUGUUCCAGAGUCUGGGAGAGCGGAUGAACACGUUCGUCCGCUACCUCCUCCACAAGGCGAAGCAGUGCACGGGCGUCCGACGCACCGAGGUGUCCAUGGAGAACAUGGUGCUGGUGGGCUUCCUGUCCUGCAUCGGCACGCUGUGUGUGGGCGCCGUGGCCUUCUCCUACUUUGAGGGAUGGAGCUUCUUCCACGCGUACUACUACUGCUUCAUCACGCUCACCACCAUCGGCUUCGGGGACUUUGUGGCGCUGCAGAAGACGGAGGACCUGCAGGAGAAGACGCCCUACGUGGCGUUCAGCUUCAUGUACAUCCUGGUGGGCCUGACCGUCAUCGGCGCCUUCCUCAACCUGGUGGUGCUCCGCUUCCUCACCAUGAACACCGAGGACGAGAGGAGGGACGCCCAGGAGAGGGCGUCGCUGAAGAGGGACCGAGGCCUUCUGGACGGCGCCGUGGGCCUCCACGCUGUGGACGAGCAGAGCCGGGGCGGCCGCGCGGCGAGGACCAGGGGCAACGUGGCGCGCAGCCGCAGCCACAGCGCCCUCUACCUGCCGAUGGAGGAAGGGACCAGCCGCACCAACCUCAUCGCCUCCCCGACGGAGGACCAGGAGACGCGGAGGAGCCCCUGCCGACACAGGCCGCGUUUUCAGAUCAAGGCGGGCCGACGGAGGCCGGAGUCGAGCCUCAGCUCGCUCUGCUCCUGCGUGUGCUACCGCCUGGGCGUCUGCGACAGACUCCUCGCGUCCCGCGGGGCAAAGAGCUGCCACCUCGACUCUGUCGAUCCCAACUCGGUGUCCUACAGGAUCCAGGGCUGCUCGCCGGGCUCCAGGGACAACACGGGACUCUCCUCCCCGGGCAGCACGCUCUCGCCCGGGCACAGCCUCCACGAGUUCCCCCGCUCCAGGAGGAAGUCGGUGUGAAGUGUGUCCGCUGACGGUGGGCAGCAUUUUAAAAGACAACCGUACUUUUCUCUUUUUCUUUUUGCAUGUCAGAAGACACAGGUCUGUCGUGGCUGUCGGACCUUUGAUUAGUAAAGCGCAGAUGAGACGACGUUUCCUUUUACACGCCGAUGACUUGUGUGUUUUGGUGAUGCUGCUGUUUUCCCGCAUGUGAGCCACAGAGCAGUGCAUGCUGCUGUCACCGCUGGAACCUAUAGCGUUCACCUGCGUUUGUGUAAUGAAGAGACGGGAAAUCUCUGGAGGCCAUAUUCCGUUUAUUCUGACAGUGGACGGGAAAAAAAUAAAAUUAAAACAUCCUCCAUAUUCGCCUAUAAAAACCCCCCGAAAACAUGUGAGCGCGUCUCACUGAACUUUAAGGAGACGGACAAACUCUACAACGCACCGACAGAAAUGAUAGAUCACGGAACACAACGUCACGUACGUCUUCCGCUGGAGCGCACGAGCAAACGGAGCGCGGUAAAAAAAAAACGCCCUUUUGUGGGCGGGGCCUCCCCCCAAAAGGGUAAUGUAGGGGAACAGAAACUGAGUCACAAAGGUUCCACAUAUUGACUUUAGGGAGGCUUGACCAUGUCAGACUUUGUGUAAUUACGAUACAAUAUUGUUAUGUAUCAAAUACUGCUGCAUAAUUAACAUUGUUACGCCGAAAUUAAUGUAUAGGACACUAUGCUAAUAAUGCCAUGUUUAUUUAUAUAUAUAUAUGUGUACAGAUGUAAAAGUUUGGGCUCUUUAGAUCUACAAUUUUAACCGAAGUAUUUUGGAUAUAGUGCUUAUUAAUAAUGAACCGUUCGGUCAAGGUUUUCGACAAAAAAAAACAGAUUUUGUUUUCACGUCACAGCGAUAAAGGUUGUCAUUAUACUUACAAUUUUUUAAAAUAAAACGCCUCAGAGAACUCUGACGAACCACGUGAGAUGUGGCUUCGUCCUUUCUUUCUUACUGAACGUCUCGCGGGGGACAGAAGAACUCUUUCUCGCGCGCUAUUAAAAAAAAAAAAAAGGACGACGCUCGUUGCUCACGACUGAUCCGGAUCUGGCGAAUGUAGCUCACGACCGAUAUGUAGCAGGUCAUGGACGAACUUCCCGCACAGUCAUCGGGAACGUCGACAUGUUCCAGCCCCCCGGGAGCCGAUCAGGUUCAUUCCCCUCGUAUGAACUUGGUUUGGAGUCAGAUUUCGAUGUGAGUCUCUUUUAACAGUAUUGUUCCAUUAAACCAAAGGAAAACGACGCGUGUUUUGAUUUUAUUAUGAGGUCUAACGUUUGUGGGAGGUUGUUGAGCUUUUGUGACCGGUUGUCUUCCGCUGUUCUAUUUUAAUAAACCUGAACUCCUUUAUGUUUUAUUAAAAUGAUUAAAAGAA